AUGGGGAGCAACCAAUCAUGGGUCACAGAAUUCAUCUUGGUGGGAUUCCAGCUUAGUGCGGACAUGGAACUGCUCCUCUGUGGGAUCUUCUCCCUGUUCUAUGUCUUCAGUCUGCUGGCAAACGGGACGAUCCUGGGGCUCAUUUGGCUGGACCCCAGACUGCACACCCCCAUGUACUUCUUCCUCUCCCACUUGGCUGUCCUUGACAUAUCUUAUGCUUCUAACAGCGUCCCCAAGAUGCUGGCAAACCUAAUGAACCAGAGAAGAACCAUCUCCUUUGUCCAUUGCAUCAUGCAGGUGUUUUUAUAUUUGGCCUUUGCUGCCACGGAAUGCCUGAUUUUGGUGGCGAUGUCCUAUGACAGGUUCGUGGCCAUCUGCCACCCCCUACGCUACACUGUCAUCAUGAACUGGAGGUUGUGCACUGCCUUGGCUGUCCUGUCCUGGGCUUGUGGGUUUGCCCUGGCCAUUGUGCAUGCCAUUCUCCUUCAAAGGCUGCCCUUCUGUGGAACCCGAGAAGUCAAUCACGUCUUCUGCGAGAUCCUAUCUGUCCUCAAAUUGGCCUGUGCUGACACCUGGAUCAACCAACUGGUCAUUCUUGCUGCCAGCGUGUUUGUCUUAGUUGCACCCCUUUUCUUCAUGCUGGUCUCCUACACGCGUAUCCUCUGGGCCAUUCUGAAGAUCCAGUCUGGGGAGGGUCGCAGAAAGGCCUUCUCCACCUGCUCCUCCCACCUCUGCGUAGUCGGGCUCUUCUUUGGCAUCGCUAUGUUGGUUUACAUGGUCCCAGACUCCAAGCAGCGUGAGGAGCAGGAGAAGAUGCUAUCCCUGUUUCACAGCCUCUUCAACCCCAUGCUGAACCCCCUCAUUUACAGUCUGAGGAAUGCCCAGGUCAAAGAUGCCUUCUACAGAGCACUGCCAAAGAAGAGGGCCACGUGA